GCUGGCUUAGAGAACCGACAGUUGGACACCGUGGAUUUUUUCCUAAAGAAUAAAGAGAACCUCUUCAAUCUGUCUGCGGCAAGCUCUGUACAAGAUCAGCCUGCAAAUACUACGUCAGAUUUUUACUUGAAGAGUGUUGAAGAACUGAGGCCAGCCCUGGAUUUGCUUUGUAAGGCAAUUCAAGAAAAUGACGUGGAAACCCAGAGCAAGAAUUUCUCUGAGCAGCUGUUGAACCUCACCUUAUCUUUUCUUAACAAACAACUCCGGGAGAUUUUUACGCACCGAGAAGGUAGAGUUG